AUGCAGUUUGAGACGGUAGGGGGUGCUGAAGCCCCAGGGACCUCUGGGCGGCGUUCCCUUUGGGAAGAUGAAGGCUCGCGCUUCGGCUCGCCGGAGAGCACAACGAUCCGCCUGUAUGUGCAUCUCUUCUGCGCUGCCUGCAUGGGGGCUUUUGUCAUUUGGGGAAUCGUGGCUGAUCCUCCUGUCAAAGGGUUCUUCUGCAAUGAUACAAGCAUCCGGUAUCCCCUGAAGGAGGAGACCGUUCCUGCUAAUUUAGCGACAAUAAUCGUUAUUGGAGUUCCCGUCAUCAUCUUCGUCGCUGUGGAGCUUUUGCACGCAUUUGUCAUCGAUAGGAGCAGCCUGACCUCUACACAGUUAAUGUGCUUCUCUGUGCCGAAAAUGCUCAUUGAUAUGUAUCUUGUGGUGGGAGGAUUUGCAUUUGGGCUUCUCGUGAACUUUGCUUUGGCAAACGUUGCUAAGCUGUGCAUAGGCAGACUGAGGCCUCACUUCCUUGCCGUGUGUCAACCCAACUGGAAUGCGUUGCAGUGUACAGACAUGACAGGUGACCUGUACAUUAACUCGUAUGAGUGCCGCGGGACAGACCUGGCAGCGAUUAAGGAAGCUCGCCUCAGCUUCUUCUCUGCUCACAGCAGCAACUCUAGCUGUGCCAUGAUCUACACUCUCAUAUAUCUCCAGUACCGCCUCUCAACUUCCUACUGUGGACCCCUCAUCUCUUCUUUAAGGCAGAGGCAGAGGAGCAACAGUAAGGCCAAGUGGGCCUGGGAUGCAGCAACUGCCUUGCGUCCUUUCAUGCAGGCUGUUCUUCUCAUUCUGUGCCUGUUCAUUGCCCUUUCCCGUGUUAUGGAUUUCUUCCAUCAUCCAACAGAUGUACUAACGGGCCUCUUUGUCGGAACAGUUAUUGCUUUUUAUUCGGCCUUCUACGUCAGUAAACUGCACCUUCUGGGACGGUUCUAA